UUAGUUUCACUUGCAAUCAUAAAAAAUUAAAGAUCAUGGCUUCAUCAAAUGAGAUCUUUGAAGGUCAAGUUCAGUUGUACAAACACAUGUUUGCAUUCUUAGACUCUCUUUGCCUUAAGUGGUGUGUGGAUCUAAGCAUACCAAACAUAAUCCACAACCAUGGUCAACCUAUGACUCUUCAUGAGUUGGUUUCCAAGUUACAAGUUCCAUUAACUAAGGUUAGUGGUGUGCACCGUUUAAUGCGUUAUCUUGCACACAUUGGAUUCUUUGACAUAGUAAGAAUUACCCAAGAAGAAAAGGAAGCAUAUGCUCUUACUUAUGUAUCAAAGCUCCUUGUUAGAGGUAGUGAUCAUUGUUUAGCUCCAAUGGUUGACCUUAUUCUUGACCCAACUAUCUCAACUUCAUAUCAACAACUUGGGAAAUGGAUUCAUGAUGAGGGGAAUCAAACACCAUUUGCCAUGGCAUUGGGUACAGGUAUUUGGGACUUCCUCAACAAAAACCCUACACAUAUGAAAUACUUCAAUGAUGCAACUGCUAGUGACUCUCAAAUCAUAAACUUGGCAUUGAGAGAUCAUGGUGUUGUCUUUGAAGGGUUGGAAUCAAUUGUAGAUGUUGCUGGAGGAACUGGAAUGGUAGCCAAGUAUAUCUCUGAAACUUUUCCACAUUUGAAAUCCAUAGUUUUUGAUCUUCCACAGGUUGUGAAAAAUCUUAAAGGAACCAACAAUUUGACUUAUGUUGGUGGGGACAUGUUCCAAUCUAUCCCUAAAGCUGAUGCAGUUUUACUUAAGUGGAUUUUACAUGAUUGGGAUGAUGAUAAUUGCAUAAAGAUAUUGAAAAAAUGCAAAGAUGCUGUUUCUUCAAGUAAUAAUAAAAGAGGAAAAAUAAUUAUCAUAGAUAUUGUGAUAGAUGAUGAGAAAAAAGAUGAGCCUACUGAAAUUACCCAAGCAAAGCUUCAAUUGGAUUUAGUGGUGACAGCAUAUUAUAAUGGAAAAGAAAGAACCAAAGAAGAAUGGAAGAAACUCUUCAUGGAAGCAGAUUGUCAUCAAGACUACAAAAUUUCACCUUUAACCGGACAUAUGUCUCUUAUUGAGAUAUAUAUUUAACCACUAAAUGUUGUGAUACAUCAUACAUUUAAUCAUGGUUACAUGAAAUAAAUAAAGUUGUGAUGUCUUGAUGAAUAA